AUGGAUCAUCCCAUUCUGAAAAUCCCUGAACAGCGAACAGCGGAGAAAAUGACAGCAAGACUUCUAAAAAACCGUGGCUUUGCUCUUCUUGGCCUCUUUGUCCUGGAGGCGGCAAAAAUAUCAUGCAGAAAUGAAGAAGGUGAAGCUGUGGAUUGGUAGGUAACUUUUAAAGUUACUAAAAGGCAAGACAAGGAAGGUAGAGAGACUGGCUUAGAGUACCUAUACCUAGACUCUACAACUAGAGGCUGGAAGAGGAGUAAGAAACUAAUGAAUACCACCAGCAGUGUUUUGGGAAGGACAUUACAACAGCUAUAUGAAGCAUGUGCCUCGGAGAGUCCAGGAUUCUGGCUGAUUCAUUCCAUUCCCCAGUUUCCUCCAAUUCCUGAAGAAGGCUAUGAUUAUCCACCCACAGGGAAACGAAAUGGACAAACUGGCAUCUGUAUAACUUUCAAGUAUAACCAGUAUGAAGCAAUAGGUUCUCAGCUCUUGGUCUGCAACCCAAACGUUUAUGGCUGUUCCAUCCAGUCACCUUUCACCAGGAGCUGGUUCACAUGCCCAGCUGUGUGCCAGGUCAGAUCAUCAGAGAUCCCCAGCCGGCACUUUACCACACUUCAGUCAGCCCAGGGACAAAACUUCCUCCUUGCAAAGUCUGAUUUUUUUCUUGAUGACAUCUUUGCAGCCUGGAUGGCUCAACGGUUGAAGACACACUUACUAACAGAAACCUGGCAGCGAAAGAGACAAGAGCUUCCUUCAAACUGCUCCCUUCCUUACCAUGUCUACAAUAUCAAAGCAAUUAAGAUAUCCAGACAAUCUUAUUUCAGUUCUUAUCAGGAUCAUGCCAAAUGGUGUAUUUCCCAAAAGGGCACCAAAAAUCACUGGACAUGUAUUGGAGACCUAAAUAGGAGCCCAUACCAAGCCUUCAGAAGUGGAGGAUUCAUUUGUACCCAGAAUCGGCAUAUUUACCAUGCAUUUCAAGGAUUAGUUUUGUAUUAUGAGAAUUGUAGCUCGGGUUGGUGAAAGGACAUAUGUGCUAUCAUUUUCAACAUUGAUAAUGGGUCUUCUUCUACUAGAUCCACUCCUUACACAUUAAAAGUCUGUGAGUUUACUUAUAGUCCACAUAUCAUCAAAUAAAAUGCUUUUUCUCCCA